AUGAAUAUCAUCGCUGACUACAUACCAGUGUCAUCGGUGUCGCCCCAGUACUUACUCCACGAUUUCUGGGAACUGGAGGGCGACCCCCGAAUCGGCAAUCAUCCAUUUUUUCGGGGCGGCCCCUGGACUACCUGGUCGCUAAUUGCUUUCUAUAUCUAUUUUGUCAAAGAUCUGGGACCUAAACUAAUGAAAAACGUCCGGCCAUUCGGUUUGCGCCGAUUGAUGCUUAUCUAUAAUUUAUCGAUGAUUUGGGUAAACGCCUGGUUUUUCUAUCAGAUUGUUUGGAUACAUAAUUUUGGUCGCGACCUACGGCUGUACGAGUUUGAAAGGCCCGACUCCCGUGAUACCAGUCCCCAGACUAUGAAAAUUAUAUCGUUAGCCUAUUUGUUUUUCCUAUCGAAACUGGUCGAUCUGAUUGAGACAGUAUUUUUUGUUUUGCGCAAAAAACAUAACCAGAUAAGCAAUCUGCAUGUCUAUCAUCAUAGUAUAGUACCAGUGCUCGCCCAUCUAUCAAUUAAGGUAUCGCCGUUUGGCGGACCGGCCACCCUGUUCCCAUUGUUGAACACAUUGGUUCAUAUAGUAAUGUACACCUAUUACGCACUGUCGGCAUUGGGACCGUCCGUCCAGAAGUACUUGUGGUGGAAACGAUACAUAACACAGAUUCAAUUGAUACAGUUUAUCAUAUUCUCCAUCUAUAGUAUAUUCUUCUUUGUCUACCAAAGAGGUUAUCCGAAGAUCUUUCCCUAUCUGGGACUCUGUCAGCCCCCAUUGUUUUUCUACAUGUUUUGGUCAUUUUAUCGACAAUCAUAUGUUAGAAAAUCUAAAUCUCAAUAA